UGUGUUGGUUCACGCAACAAGGCGCAAGUUGCAACACAGCGUGCGGCUCGAGUCAACGAGAGUCUAGCUGUACGUACGUAUGUACGUGUCCGUUCGUUUUCGCCUAGGAGAUCAUGGCUGCGCUUCGUGUCUCCUUCGUCGUCGGGGCACUCGUCCUCUGCCUCGCCGCCGCGCAGAUUGCCGCGGCGGGGUCGUCCGACACGCUGCGGGGCACGGUGGCCUGCCUCGACUGCGCCCAGCAGCGUAACCUCUCAGGUGUGGUGGUUGCGGUGAAGUGCGCCAACGGCACGGGCGUGCGCGCCGCGGAGACGGACGGCCAGGGCAGGUUCGAGGUCGCCGUGCCGGCGUCCAGAUCCAAACCAGGAUCGCCGUGCGCCGCGAGGAUCCUCGGCGGCCCGGAGCAGCUCUGCGCGCCCCCGAGGUUCGCCGCGUCGCGCGUUGUCGUCGCCCACGCGCGGCCCGGCGGCGGCUCGUACGCUCUGACUUCUCCUCUAGGCGUCUUCACACAGUGCGGUUCUGCGACCGCCCCGUCUGGUGAGCCAGAGAAGGCCACGACUGCCGCUGACGCGCCGGAGAAGGCGACGACUGCCGCUGGUGCGCCGGAGAAGGCGACGACUGCCGCUGAUGCGCCGGAGACAGCGACGGCCGCCGCGGACGACGGGACGGCUCUGGAGACGGCAAAGCCCGUCCGGCUCCCGGGGAUCGACUCGCCGCUGGACUACAACAUGGGGUUGCCUCUGAACCUCUUCUUCCCGUUCUUCCCGGUCGUCGGCGGCGGCGUCCCAUGAUCAAACAGUACUGCCAGUAUAUAUUUACGUACUACGUGUCGUGAUUGCUGCUUGCACGGACCGUACGUAGGACCUCUUUGUGAUGGCGCGGGAAUGCGGGAACUGGCGGCGUGAAUGUGUAUGAUGCAUUCGUGCUGCGUGCGUACAUUUUCUUCCGGUGUGAAUGUGAUUGUGUCGGUGUUCUCGCGCGACUGGCGCCAUGAAAAUAAGCAAGCGUAUGUGCAGGGAAAUAGGAAUUCAGUUUGGCAAUGUGAUUGUGUCAGUGUUUUCGCGCGACUGGCGCCAUGAAAAUAAUCAAACGUAUGUGCA